UAAGCCGCCUCCUCCGACGGCACUGCUCGAACCUGCGCGAGGCUCUAGUCGGCCGUCCAGGAGCUGCGGCGGGAGCGGCGCGCGCGGGUUCGGACUGAGCAUUUGCCGCCACUUUGAGCAGGGCUAUGAUUUCUUUAAAUGAAUAUGGUUCCAAUUCCUGGGAGCUGAAAAUCACAGUUGAUCACCACAAUGGAGAACAAAAAGAGGUUUCCCUUCAAGUAUCAGGGGAGCUUCAUGUCGGAGGGUUGAUGCUCAGACUUGUAGAACAAAUUGGAAUAUCCCAAGAUUGGUCAGACUAUGCCCUUUGGUGGGAGCAAAAGAAAUACUGGCUUCUAAAAACUCAUUGGACACUAGACAAAUAUGGAGUACAAGCAGAUGCCAUUCUCCUGUUUACCCCUCAGCACAAAAAUCUGCGCCUUCGUUUACCAAGCAUGAAGAUUGUGAGACUGAAUGUUAGCUUCUCUUCUGUGAUAUUCAGGGUUGUUGGGGACAUCUGCAAGAGCCUUGGUAUUAGACGGUCAGAAGAACUGUCUCUGCUGAAGCCAACCAGUGAGAUAAAAAAGAAAAAGAGAAAAGACAAAGAGAAGGACAAAGACAAAGAACCAGUCGUAGAAGAUAUUUUAAACCUGCACAAUUCUCCAGUGAGUUUGGGAUUGCCAGCCAGUCCUGGCUUAUAUAGCAAGACCAUGACCCCGACUUACGAUCCCAUUACUGGUUCACCCGUCCCUUCCACCGUUGCGUGGUUCAGUGACAGCCCAUUGGCACAACAGAGCUGGAGCACCCUCGCUUUUAGCCAUCCUAACUGUGCACCAGAGACACUUGCCAAAAUGUAUCAGCCUCGAACGUUGGUCGACAAAGCCAAACUGAACGCCGGAUGGUUAGAUUCAUCUCGAUCACUCAUGGAACAAGAUAUCCAGGAGGACGAUGAACUUCUACUCCGUUUUAAAUACUAUGAUUUCUUUGAUCUGAACGCAAAAUAUGAUGCAGUACGGAUCCAUCAGCUAUAUGAGCAAGCCCGCUGGGCUAUUCUGCUAGAAGAAAUAGACUGCACAGAAGAAGAAACCUUCAUUUUUGCUGCAUUGCAGUACCAUAUCAGCAAGCUGACUUUAUCCUCAGGAUCCAAAGACUUCCCAGUUGAGAGUGAAACCGACGAAGUGGAAGCAGCACUUUCCAAUCUAGAAAUAACACUAGAAGGAGGAAGAUCAGAGAACCUAUUGGAGGAUAUCACAGACAUUCCAAAGCUUGCUGAUAACCUCAAACUAUUUAGAUCCAAAAAGCUGGUGCUGAAGGCCUUCAAGCAAUAUUGGUUCGUCUUCAAAGACACAUCCAUAAGUUACUUUAAAAACAAAGAAGCUGAACACGGAGAACCUAUCGAGAAGCUUAACCUAAGAGGAUGUGAAAUUGUCCCAGAUGUAAGUGUGUCAGCGAAAAAAUAUGGGAUUAAAUUACUCAUCCCAGUUGCUGAUGGAAUGAAUGAAACACAUUUGAGGUGUAAUGAUGAAGAGCAGUAUGCCAGAUGGAUGGCCGCUUGUGCAUUGGCUUCCAAAGGGAAAACAAUGGCAGACAGUUCUUACCAGUCCGAGGUGAAUAACAUCCUCUCGCUCCUGAAAAUGAAAAGCAGAACAGCUGCACCCCAAGAAGUUAGAGAUGUAGAAAGCAUGGACGUGAAACCGGAAUGCUUCCUCUCACCACGAUAUGCUAAGAAAUAUAAAUCUAAACAGCUAGCUGCUCGCAUUCUAGAAGCACACCACAACAUCAUUCACCUGCCUCUUAUGGAAGCCAAACUCAGGUUUAUCCAGGCAUGGCAGUCACUUCCGGAAUUCGGCAUAUCCUAUUACAUUGUGAGAUUUAAAGGAAGCAAGAAGGAUGAUCUCUUGGGGAUUUCUUACAACAGGCUAAUUAGGAUAGACACAGCUACUGGGGACCCAAUUACAACCUGGAGGUAUUCAAACAUGAAACAAUGGAACGUGAACUGGGAGAUACGGCAGGUUGCCAUUGAGUUCGAUCAGAAUGUCUCCAUCGCCUUUGCUUGCCUGAGUGCAAGUUGCAAAGUGGUGCAUGAAUACAUCGGCGGCUAUAUUUUCCUGUCAACCCGUUCCAAAGACCAGAACGAGACGUUGGAUGAAGACUUGUUCCAUAAAUUAACCGGUGGAAGGGAAUGAAAGGAGAACCAGAAGCUUUUUCUGAACUGCAUAGUAGAAGGGUCAGAGGGGAUGGUGCUCGCUUAGAUGGCUCCUUGGUACCCCCCUGCCGGAUUAACAAAAAUUGAUGAAGAGGAAUCAGACAUACUGCGAAGCAAAGCACCAUCCUUUGGCAUCAAGAUGGAGGGUUUUUCACCUUCUGCUCAAAAAUCAGUGUUCAGAGAAGACUAUUGUCUUCUCUUCCAUGACCAUUGGGGUGGGGAGUUUGAUGGUGGAAAGAGACAGAAUUAUAAAUGGAAGAUUAUUCAGAUGGAGCCUUCCCAAAAUUCCAUGAAUAAGGCAACUAAUUGCAUAACAGAGGUCUCUUCUGAAAACAUACUAGAUUUUUUUUUUUGUCCAUGAAACCCUAAAGGAAAGCUUCUGGUUUCAAUUUUCUAUUUAUUUUAAGAAUCUCCCAAAUUAAAGUAAAAGGUAUUUCAUUUUUUUAAAAAAUGAAAACAUUCUAGCAUGCAAUCUGUCAAACUCUGGAGCAUAGUUGCUCCCUUUGGCACACCAACUCCUGUCAACUCUGAAUCACUGUCCUCUACAGCCUUUCCGGUCAAUGGAAUUCAUUGUUCUAAAGAGAGCUGCCUGCUGCCUAACCAGUCUUCAUGCAAAUAAUUUAUUUAUGGGAAGUAUAUUCUUUUGGAAAUAAUGUUGCAGUAGUCUGGACAAACGGAGAUGAAAAACUAACCCAAACUCAAAGCAUAUCUUGCUUUCAAAAGAGCUUGUGGAAAUAGAAUGCCGCUGGAAGUACAUUCUUGGAGAUAUAUGAAUUCUUGAGCCAACUUGUUUCCCAGUAUGUUGUAGACUUUCUUUGGUGUGAAUAGCAGUGGUGCGAUUCAACUUGUAUAACAACCAGUUCGGUGAGUGAAUCAGCUGUGCUAAAAAAAAAACAGGAAAUAAAGCACAGGAAAGAACAGGGGCAGGUGCGCGGGGCCAAAUGCUCACCAGAACUACUGGUUCUCCUGAACUGGUCCUAACUGAUAGAAUCCCACCACUGGUUAAUAGAUUGUCUUAGACCAAGCGACUUCAAACUUGGCAAGUUUAAGACUUGUGGACUUCAACUCCCAGUAGUUCAUAAGUUUGCCUUACUGUAAAUUGGGUUUCUUGUGACUGACUUUGCACACUAUAGCAGCCAUUUUGUAGAUAUUUUGGAGGGAGCCUUUUUCAAAAUUCUAAAUGUAUGAUCUGCUCCAAAGAGUUACAGAAUCCAGUUCAUUUUAAUCAAAAGGUUUUUUGUUUUGUUUUGUAUUGUAUAUCAUAUUUUGUCCUUUUUUAUUAUCACUUUUUUUUUACUAUCGAAUGCUAUAGCAGUUUCUGAAUUUUGCAGGUUUUGUAGAAUAAUGAUUAAAAUUAGCUCAAUUAAGGUUUUGCAAUGUUUUCGUUACACUGGUUUAAAAUAAAUUCUAAAAUGUUUUAAAACUGUUUCAAUAGUUUGGGCAUUUUAUUUCAAUUACUAGUGAUAAAGUUGAUAAAACUGUAAACUGAGGGAUGGGAUUUGAUACUGAGGAUUUAUAAGGUAACUUGCUAUAAUAAACAUGAUUUGGAAUCUUUUCCACUUCUAUUAAUAUUCCCAGCAUUUAUUUUUUUUGGCCUUCAGGAUUUCACUUAGUAAGCAUAUAGUUUUGUCCUUUGGGAGUUAUUUGGGAUAAUAAGAUAAUUGAAAUCCAAAGAGGUACUUUGUAUACUGCUACAUUCCCACAAAACAAAUGAAAUUGUCACAGAAGUUACACAGUCUGAAUUUAUUCGAACAAAACUAGGAAUGCCUCAACAAACCAGAAAUCACACAGAAGUGUAUCAACUUGGAUCUUUCUUAAUAGCAUCUUUUUUUUAUUAUCUUGGUUUCUUCAUUUAGACCCAUUAUCACCAAGCUUCCAUUCCAUAUAUUAGAGGCAGGAUAAAAAAUAUAAUAAUAAUUCUAGAUAAAAUACAGAUUAUGGAGACUUUUCCAUCUGGAAUCAUAUUUAGGCUUGAAGUGCUUUUUCACAAUUAUAUUUUGUCAAUAUUUAUAGUAUUGUGCUAUUAUUAUUAAUAUAUAUUAUUUUCUACAUAUAAUAUAUAAUAUGUAUUAGAAUGCAUUAUUGUCUGUACAUGGUAGGCUGCCUAGAAUACAACUGAAGAUAGUGUAUAAAUUUACUAAAUAAAUGGGGGAUCCCACAUAUGCUUCUGUUCAUUUUAAACAGUUCUCCAUUUGUGCCUUCUAUUCCAACUGAAACAAAUCUCCUGCCCCUGAACUAAACAGAUAGGAAGAAGAAGAAAGAAAAGCCAUAAGAGAACAGGAGGGAAAAGUAGGACGCCAUGAAACUGUGGUCCUGAUGUAUAAGAAUACCUGGGUGGGGUGGGGUGGAAUUGUCUCUUUUUCUGAAGCUGAAUUCUGAGAUAUUUUACAUGUUAGAUAUUCCUUUCAUUUCAAGCCUGGUUAAAAAGGGUUUCAAAACAUCCCAUGGAAUAUUCGGAUCCUUUGCCUAUGUGAAAUGUUAACUUAGAUUUUUUU